AAACUUCUCAGCUGGUAUACGCGCCGCAAUCCCACGGACCUCUGGCUGGAGCUCCUGCAGAAUGCAGAGUCGUUUGAGGAGUGGGAAGAGGCAGCUCUGCACCUCGACAGCCUUCUAGGACUGGAUCUAUGGUAUAUGCUAUACUUGACCCCCCCUAUCCCGGUGGGCGCGAGCGGGAGACGGCGACGGACUGACAUGGACGGAGACGCCAGGCGCAACAAUCCGACUUCGAAAGACUACGACUGGCGCCUGAUCACCGACCGGCUCGGCUCUCUCGUGUCCGCGCGCGAGGACGGCAACUUCCAGCAGCUGGUCAACCUGAUCCGGUCCGGGCUGGUGCGCAACCUGGGCAGCAUCACGGCACCGAAGCUAUACAACCGCGCUUUCGCCGGGACAAAGUAUCUCAUUGAGGAAUACAUAUCCCAGGUGGCCGAGUCGGUCGACGACAUCAGCGCCCUCCCCACCGCGAGCGGGGGCCAUCAUCAGCAUUAUCAUCCCCAUCAGCGGCAGCGGCAGCCGCCGGCUCUCCUGGACGGCGGCGGCAUCGGCAGCGAUAGCGCCCUGACCACUCAGAUGAAGCUGGACUUUAUACACGACACCAGGCAGGCCUUUGGUCGGAGCACCCUCGUCCUCCAAGGCGGGACCAUAUUCGGCCUGUGUCACCUGGGCGUCGUGCGCGCCCUAUUCCUGCGGGGCCUGCUGCCGCGCAUCAUCACCGGCACGGCUACGGGCGCCCUGAUAGCGGCCCUGGUGGCCAUCCACACCGCCAACGAGCUCCCUUCCAUCCUUACCGGGGAGGGUAUCGACCUGUCCGCCUUUGGACGGAGGGACGGAGAUGCCUCGUCGUCGGGCAAUCAGAUCUCGCGGUGGGAUACCCUGAUGCGCAGGAUCCGCCGAUUCUCGCGCGAAGGCUACUUCCUGGACGUGACGGUGCUUGAGGAGUGCGUCAGGGACAACGUGGGCGAGCUGACGUUUGAAGAGGCCUAUAAUCGUAGCAAGAGGGUCCUGAACAUCACCGUCGCCACGAAGAGUCAGGGUGGUGUGCCCACGCUGCUCAACUAUCUCACAGCACCCAACGUGCUCAUCUGGACGGCGGCCGUGGCCUCCAACGCAUCGUCCCCGACGCUAUACGAGGAGGGGAAGGCGACGCUCCUCUGCAAGGACGUGCACGGGCACAUCGUCCCGUGGGCGCCGGCCAAGACGGCCGACUUCCACCACUGGACGCAGGCGUCGUACAGCGACCGCGAGUCGCCUCUGCGGCGGAUAUCCGAGCUGUUCAACGUGAACCACUUCAUCGUCAGCCAGGCGCGGCCGUACCUGAUACCGUUCCUGCAGUCGGACAUGCACGGCCCGUCGGCGCUGGAGACGCGCGGGCGCGCGGCGACGCAGCUGCCGGCCUUCCUCCUCCGCAUGGUGGGGCUGGAGGUGCGCCACCGGCUCCGGCAGCUCGACACUCUGCGGCUGCUGCCGGCGAGCAUCCGGCGCUUUCUGGUGGACGAGCAGGUGCCGGCGGCGUCGGUGACGCUGGUGCCCGAGGUGACGGCCGCCGACUUUGUGCGCCUGCUCGAGACGCCGACGCGCGAGACGGUCAACUACUGGAUCCUCCGCGGGGAGAGGAGCGUCUGGCCGGCCGUCGCGGCCCUGCGUAUCCGGUGCGCCGUCGAGAACGAGCUCGACAGGUCGUACCAGGUCGUCAGGAAGCUCAAGGCCGGAGGGUUGCGGAGGAAGAGCAGCAUGUCGACGUCUACCGAGGCGGGUAUGUCAAGCAUGGCAGGCAACUGA